GACACGAAAGCGGCUCAUUUUAGCACCCACCUCCUAAUCCCGCACCGUACCACUCUACCUCUAUAAAACUUUCUCGAACAUUCCGUCUCUCUCUGCCUUUACCUUCACCAUUUUCAUCACUCUCCAUUACACUUCCAGAAAAGAAUCCCACUAUUCCUAUUUGGUUUAAAAUGGCGACAAAGAGGAGUGUAUCAACACUAAAAGAGGCAGAUUUGAAGGGGAAAAGAGUAUUUGUUCGUGUAGAUUUGAAUGUUCCAUUGGAUGAUAAUUGUAACAUCACUGAUGAUACAAGGAUUCGUGCUGCUGUCCCUACUAUUAAAUACUUGUCUGGUCAUGGCGCUAAAGUCAUUCUCUGCAGUCAUCUGGGACGUCCAAAAGGUGUCACACCUAAGUUCAGCUUGAAGCCCCUUAUCCCAAGGCUUUCCGAGCUUCUUGGUGCUGAGGUUAAAAUGGCAAAUGAUUCCAUUGGUGAGGAAGUCGAGAAAAUGGUGGCUGAUUUGCCUGAAGGAGGUGUAUUGCUCCUUGAGAAUGUGAGAUUCUAUAAAGAGGAAGAGAAGAAUGAUCCCGAGUUUGCAAAGAAAUUGGCCGCUCUAGCAGAUGUCUAUGUGAAUGAUGCUUUCGGUACUGCCCACAGAGCUCAUGCUUCCACUGAGGGUGUUGCCAAAUAUUUGAAGCCUUCUGUUGCUGGCUUCUUGAUGCAAAAGGAACUUGAUUACCUAGUCGGAGCUGUGGCAAACCCCAAGAAACCUUUUGCUGCCAUUGUUGGUGGCUCUAAGGUGUCUUCAAAGAUUGGUGUGAUUGAGUCACUGUUAGCUAAGGUGGACUAUCUUUUACUUGGAGGAGGAAUGAUAUUCACUUUUUACAAAGCACAAGGACUCUCAGUUGGAUCCUCUUUGGUAGAGGAAGACAAGCUUGAACUUGCAAACCUGCUAAUUGAGAAGGCAAAAGCUCAAGGAGUAUCUCUGAUGCUGCCUACUGACGUCGUAAUUGCUAACAAGUUUUCUGCUGAUGCUGACAGCAAGGUUGUACCAGCCUCUGCUAUUCCUGAUGGCUGGAUGGGUUUGGACAUUGGCCCAGAUUCUAUCGUCACAUUCAGUGAGGCUUUGGAUAAGACUCAGACCGUCAUCUGGAAUGGACCUAUGGGUGUCUUUGAAUUUGAGAAAUUCGCUGCAGGGACUGAGGCGGUAGCGAGGCAGUUGGCGGAGCUUAGUGGAAAGGGUGUGACCACAAUCAUCGGAGGAGGUGAUUCUGUUGCUGCUGUGGAGAAGGUUGGUCUUGCAGACAAGAUGAGCCACAUCUCUACUGGAGGUGGUGCAAGUUUGGAGCUUUUGGAAGGCAAACCAUUGCCUGGAGUUCUUGCCCUUGAUGAUGCUUAAGUGGGGCUGUUGUUUAUCCUGUUUCCUGGUCUUUUGCCCAAAGUUUAUGAAUAACUGGGUUUUUUUCUUGCCAGUUUGGUUUCAUAGGCUUGUAGCCUUGUAGGAGGGUCUCUAAAUAAAUCAUUUUUGAACUUCUGGGUGAGUAAAUUGAGUAUGAAACACAAGUGUUAAUAAUUCCUUGUUCAAGUUACCCCUUUUAGGGGGUGUUUGGUUCGUGAA